UCACACACACACACACACUCUCGCACCGAAUAAAAACAGCGGAGCAAAACGUGAGCAGAAACCGCAGAGAUAUUGAUCAAAAGCUGCGUUUUUUUUCUCCUUUUUCUGGCAGCAAGUAAAUUCCACCCCCACUCCUCCAUGUUCUUCUACUAGUGGCAGAGCAGAGCGGCCGCAACCGCUCACCUCACCACUCCUUCCUCCUCCAAUUUCGCAUUCAAGGCGCCUCCUGGUUAGCGUAGAGGUGCACACGCCAAGAACCGGAAGCAGAGGCAGAAGCAGAGGCAGCGAGCGCUCAGCAAUGCAGGGCUCCAAGACCAAAUCUGGCGGCCAGGCCGAGGCGAAGAGCAACGGCAAGUCGGAGGCGAAGGGCACGCCGCCGACGCCCAAGAGCGCCAAGACGCCGAGGAAGCCGGCCGUGCCCAAGGCGCCGCCGCGCCCCGCCGCGGACAAGUCCCCCGGGUCGGCCGACCGCAAGACGCCCAAGAGCGCCUCCCGGAUCACCACCCCUCCAGAGAAGCAAGGGAAGGAUGCGAAGCCGGCGCAGGAGCCCGCUGCCGCGAAGCCGUCGUCACAGGAGGCGGCGGCGGCAGUGAAGCCGUCGACCCAGGAGCAGCAGGCGCAGCUCGCCGCCGUUCAGGAGGAGCUCGUGAAGGCUAAGGAGCAGUUGGUGGAGAAGGAGAAGGAGAGAGGGAAAGUCCUCGAUGAACUGGAGUGUGCCAAGAGGGCGGCUGAUGAGGCCAAUGCGAAGCUCCAGGAGGCACUCGCUGCGCGGAGCAAGGCGGCGGAGGACUCGGCGACCGACAACUCCGGCGCCGGCGCCGUCGAGUCGGAGCCGGCAAGCGUUGGGUCGCCGCAGAGCAUGGAGGAUGAGCUGCGGACGAAGCUGGCGAGCAUGCAGAGCCAGCAGGAGGCCGACAUGGCUGUGCUGCAUUCGACGGUGGAGCAGCUCGAGAAGGCGAGGUAUGAGCUAGCAGAUGCAAUCGAUGCCAAGAACGCGGCGCUUAACCAGGUAGAUGAUGCCAUGAAGACUUCAGAGGGGAAUGCUGAGAAGAUCAAGCUUCUCAAUGCAGAGGUGACACAUCUGAAAGGGCUGCUUGAUUCCGAGAUAGGGGGCACAUCGAAAGGCGCUGUGGAGCGCAUCAGGAAGCUCGAGGAAGAGAACUCUGGAUUGAGGCUUGAACUUGAGAAAGCAAAUGUUGCUGAGCAGAGGGCAGUUGAAUUGGAAGGUGUGGUUGAACAGCUUAAAGUUGAAGUUGCUGAUGUUAAGAAGGCACGCGCAAGGUCAGAAGAGUUACUUGGCAAAUGGAAGACGAAAGCACUUGAAUUGGAGGUCAGGUUGGAGGAAGCUGAUCAGUCUAACAUUCUCAAGGGCGAGUCUUUGGAAUCAGCGAUGAAAGAAUUGGAUGCAAAAAUCACUCUGCUCCUAGAAAAAGAAUCCGAAAUCGACGCGCUUCAGGACAAUAUCAGGUCAUUGGAGGAUGUGGUAGCCAAGCAGAAGGGAAAUAUUGAUUCUGCUGAGAAGGAAGCUGUUGAAUUAAGGUCAGAGAUAGAAGACCUUAGGUUAAAGCUCCAAGCAGCAGAAGACGACCUUAACAAUGACAGGAUUACAAGUUCAGAAGUGGAGACUCUGACUGAACAGAAGAACAAUCUCACCAAGGAACUAGAAAACUGCAAAGCUGAAGUUGAGAAGGUUAAGAAGGCCAUGGAGGGUCAAGCCUCUGCUUUGCACGAAAUGUCAGCUCAACUGAGAGAGGCACAGGAGAAAUACCUCGAUAAACAAGAAGAGAUUGAUCGUGCUCGUGCACAGGUAGAGGAGCUCAAUGUGAGUCUGCAGAAUGCAAAGGAGAGCUACGAGGUAAUGCUUGACGAAGCAAACUAUGAAAAAGUUUGCCUCAAGAAGUCAGUUGAAAGAAUGCAAGCAGAAGCCAAGAGUGCGUCUGAGGAAUGGCAGUCCAAAGAGCUAAGUUUCGUAAACUCAAUAAAAAAAUCAGAAGAAGAAAUUAACAAUGCCAGAGCUCAGAUGGAUAAGACCUUGGAUGCUGUAAAAGACAAAGAAAGUGAAAAUGCUGAGCUGCUGGAGAAGAUGAAGCAUCUUGAAGCCCAGAUAAUGGAAGCUAAUAAAACAAGUGAGGAAGCCAAGGCUGAGACCCUCCAAUGGAAGGAAAAGCUACUAGACAAAGAAAAUGAGUUGCAGAACAUAAAACAAGAGAAUGACGAUUUACAAGCGAAGGAACUUGUUGCUUCGGACAAGAUAAAGGAACUCUCUUCCCAGCUUGCAAAUUCAAAAGAUGGAGCUAUGAACGGUAGUAACAAGGAACAAGGUAAUGUCAAGGGGGACAGCGAGGACGAUGAACCGGUAAUGGUAGUUGCCAAGAUGUGGGAGAACAGCAAGAUUACUGAUGAUGCUUCAUCCAAGGAGAAGGGAAACGAUGGGGAAUCAGAAGUGGAUUUGGAAUCCAACACGGGAGAUUCCAUUGUUGAAGGCAAUGGUUUGCACUCCAGGACAGCGAGCAAUGGCAAUGUAUCACCCACCAAACAGCAGCAGCAGCAUAAGAAGAAGCCCUUGCUGAAGAAAUUCGGUGGUUUGCUGAAGAAGAAAACCCAACCUUAGCAUAAAAUCUGAUGACAUUUCUUUGUUUUGUGCUAUGUGGCAUCUCCUUCUUUGACUGGUCAUCUAGCUUCUGGGUCUUGCCUCAUCAUGGUAAAGAAAAUGUUGGGUGUUUAAGAGAAUACAAAUGGUCGAUUGUAUUUACAGCCGUUUGUUUAUUCCUUGUGCAUGUUUGAUCGCCAUUCAUAUUCUAGUUAUUGUAUUUAUUUUUAUUAAUGUAUAAUAUGCCUUGAUAAUGUUGCUGUAAAAGGAGCAGAAAUUUUCAAUUUGAUUGGUACAGAUUCAUUUGAGAACCCCUAUGAACACAAUUGCAUUAUUCAUCUCAA